AUGGCUGAUAUUCCUGGAAACGAAAAAACAGCUGAGCCAGAAACAGAACUUUCGGAUGCAGAUAUUGCAAAACUAGCUAGUGACCUAAAAAUUAGUCAGCUAACUCACGAAAACCAAGAAUUAUCAACAAAAUUAAAAGAAAUGAGCCAAGAAAAAGACAAAAUCCAAGAAGAACUCAAUAAACUUAGAGAAGAGAAAAAUGAGGAUAUUUCUCUUGAAAAUAUCGAGGGCUCUCUCAAAGUAUUGACUGAUGAAAAUGCAAGACUUAAUAAGGAAAUAACAAGCUUAAAAUCUUCAUUAUCUACUUUCAAAGAAACAACAGAAGCUAACCAAAAAACGACAGAGCAGUAUAAUAACUUGAAUAAACAAUAUUUAAAUCUGAAAGAAGAUCAUAGGUCAUUAACUAUAGCAAACAAUGAGCAAGAAAUGCAAUUUGUUCAAAUUAAGGAUGAAUUAGCGAAGGCUAAUGAAAAAAUUAAACAAAAUUCAGUUGUUAUAGACGCUUUGAAUGGACAACUGUCGAUCACUAAGAAAGAACUCCAAGAUAUAACUGAUGAGAACAAAAAUUUACAACAAAAAAUUAGUGAAUUACAAAUCAAAAAUAAUAAUUACGAAUUAAAGAUAUCACAGCUUCAAAUAAAAGAGAAAGAACUUUCAGAAAGCGAAAAGAGAUACUUCUACUUAAAUAAUUCUAAUCAAAGGUUAAAUGAAGAAUAUACAAAAUUGAAAUUCCAAUAUGAAAUUAAAGUAAAAGAGAUAAUCUCAACAACCAACUUGUAUCAAGAGAAAUUAUCAGAGAAAGAACAGAUAAUACAUCAAUUGAAUGACAAACUAUACGAAAUCAACACUUUGCAACGUGCACAAUCAAGAUCAUUUGAUAGUAAUUCAGUAGUUGUUAACUACACAAAGACUAAGAACCUCGAAAGGAGCUGUAAAACACUUUCAAAUCAAGUAGAUAAUUUAAAGAAACAAAACACGCGACUUAAAGCUAAACUUAACUCAUCAGAUAGUCUAAAGAAACAAGUUCUUAUUAAGGAGCAUGAAAAUGCCCAGUUACAAGAAGAAUAUUCUCGAUUUAAGAAUACAGCUUAUAAAGAUAUAGCUAGACUCCAAGAAAAUACUAGAAUAGAGAGAAAUCAGUAUGAACAAAAGAUUCAAGCAUUAACUAGUCCUAGGAAAUAA